GAAACAAUGUUUAAUCUGUUACAUUAAUUUUAUGUGAGUGUGUGAGUGGCAUUCUAAAUUCGAAAAUGACAGCAACGAUUUAUUUUCGCGCCAGAAAAUUAAAAAUGGUGGCAAUUUACGUUUUAUAUUAUGUGUUUAAAAUAAAAUUGAAAUGAUGACGUUUUAAAUAAGUGGUAUUGUAAAAAUAUUAGCAAAAAUGUGAACUAGUGACAUGGAAUCAUUGUUUUGUAAUUGAAUAAUACUGUUUUAGUGUGUGUUGUGUGAGCAUAAAUUGGAUUUAAAUAAUUUUAUUUAGCAAAGAUGUCGUCAUAGAAGAUGGCGUUGAAACUGAAAUACAAGGACGAACACGGCGUCGUGCAAAUAAACAUGUCGCCGACGUCCAGCCCGAAGGAACCCGACAAAGACCUGACAGGACCGAAGUUCGACACCAUCAACAACAGAUUCGCACAGUACGACCUCUUUGGAGGGAAGUAUGAUGUCGACUCGGGAGGGGAGACGCCACGGUCACUCUUCCGAAGCCGCUACAACUCCAUCGAGGAGGAACUCGCCAACACUCCGUACGCCUUCACGACCGACCGCUCACUCAGACUCAACAGCGCGAACAAACUCGACAUUACGAUCCAAUCGCGCGACGAGACAUCACCGUCUAAAGACAUACAAGACGACCGAUUCUUCAAACGCCGAUUAAGUUUGGAAUACGAUGAAUCGUUAUUCGGGCCGCAAAUCGAUUUUAAAGUGAACGAUUCUGGAACUCCUGCGUUUACUGUGACGCAGCUGAUCCACGCUCAGGAUCGAUAUUUCGAUUUAUCGGGCCGACAAUCGGAGAGCCCUUGUGGUAAAGUGUGUUCGGAAGUGCAUGUGCCAAGUCCUAAGAGGAAUGAGGAGGCGUUCAGGGUGCUGUCUGCUGAUGUGAAGAGUGGGAGACAGGAACCGGUGCCUGUGGCUAAACCCGCGGUGCCAACCUCAAAGCGAAAGAAGGAGACUUCGUUUGCGAUCCUUGCGGAGACGCCAGUGUCGCGGCCCACCAGCCCGCGGUCGCUGCCCGUCGACAUCAGGACCCGUAGGGUCUCGCCCUUCAGAGGUCGUGGUUUCCGCGAAGAGACAUCACGGCACAACACUCCGAGGACUUCAGCAGCGAACUCCAGAGCGAACUCACCUCCGAGAAGAAGAACAAACUCAUUAUCGAGGAUAGACAACAUGGCACAGACUGCCACAUUACCUCUACCUAUACACAACCUACCAAGACCACAUUCUCCUAGAAACUUCUUAAAAGAAAACAUUGAAGAAGUGAGAGAACUAAGUGAGCUGAACAGAGAAAAACAUGAAGCAGAAGCUGAAAGGAAAAGAAUAGAAGAAGAAGAAGCUAUACUUAAAGAAAUGGGAGUUUUAGACAAGUCCAAAUCUGGUUCCAGAAGCGUGGUUGGUUCCAGAACGAAUUCUAGAAGUAACUCUCCAAGUAAAAUAAAUUUGAGAUCGAGAGAUAAUUCUCCUUCAGCGAUACUUCAUUACGAGAAUAUCCCUGCUAAUAGCAGGGAGUUUGUGAACGCUGAUGAUGGAAUUAGACAACCAGUUACACAUAGGUCUCGAGUUCGAUCGGUCUCUAAAUCUCAACCUCAGUCCAACAAUGGAUCGCCAAAACAUUCCAAGAUUCCAAAACGACAAAGCUCUGUUUCUCCAACAAGAACUACAUCAAAACCAUCGGUGUAUAGACAACCCUUUGAGAAUAACUUGAACAAAAAUCAAAGGUUUAUUUCCAGUAGUACUAGCAGUAUUCAUGAGACCAUUCGAAUUGGGAGUCAGGUCCAUGAUAAAAGAGGAAGUAAAAGUACUCAACACUUAAGCAUAUCUCCUGCUCACAUUAAAGGCAAGCCUCCAAUUUCUCCUGGAAGAGGAGGCCCGCCACCUUCAAACAGAGUUAUCAAUGCUAAAAGACUAUCUCCCAUAGUUGGAACUCCAAACAAGAGUCCUAUAGAUGACUUAAAACCGAACUCGGCAAGACCGAAUGCAAAACCUACACCUGUGCCAAGAAAAUCAGUUAAGACAGCUGGUAACACACCUGCUACAUCUAGAUUGAAUUCUAGACAGCCUAGCAGGACUGUUAGUAGAGACCCAAGUCCAGAUAAGCGUAAAACCAAAACAGUGACAAAACCUGUGACUAGUGCCACCACAAAGCCGGUGAGCAGAGUAGCAAGUACUAGAACUACACAGAAGCCUACAACUGUUAAUAAACCAGAACCCAAAAAACCGGUUAGUCGAACAAACAGUAUGAAAAGUCUGACAAGGACACCCAGUACGAAGAACUUGGCGGAGAAACCGCCCCUGAAAAAGAACAACAGUAAGAAAGACCUAAGCGAGAAAGCACAAUCUACAAGCAAAAUAAACGAAGUUGGUACUAAGAAAGAUUCUAUCAAGAAAAAAGACUCCGCCAAAGGAAGAGAUGAAACCGACAAAGGUAAAGUAAAAAGUACGAGAAGUACAGAUUCGAUGACUGAUUCUGAUAAUGUAUCAAAACAAGACAACGAAACACAGUACGAUAAAAUUACGAACGAAAAAGGUGAACUCGUUAUAAUGACGAAGAAAAACAUAAUCUCGAUGACAACUGCCGCAAUAACUUCUCAGCCAUUAGAACUUGUCUCUACGGUCACUAAUCAGUUACCAGCGGCUUUUGAAAAAGCUAGAGAAAAAGGUAUUUUUGAAAGAUUGAGUUCCAAAGACUCUCUUGUAGGCAAAGAAGAUACUACAAAUGAAAAACCUGUUAAUGCUGAGAAGGAUAAAGAAAAGCCACAAAAACAUAAAGAUGCUUCAGAAGAAAAAGAAAAGGUUGAAGAGAAAAAGCCUCCACCGAGACAUAACAAACCUAACAACCAUGAUAAGCCUUUAUACGCUGAAGACCAAGUUAAACUAAAACUUCUACAGGGUCCGUUUAACAACCCUCAAAUUGAACGAGCGAAACAAAAAAUUGAAGCCAUUUUAAAAGAGCCAGAAAUAUCGACAGAAAACAUACUGACUGCUUCAGCAAAAACAAGAGAAGUCAAAAAUACUUUUAAAGAGGUAGCUGAUAACGCAAAGACCGAAGUCAAAGAAGCGAAAGACGAGGCAGCAAAUAAGCUGACAGAAAUCAAAGAUCAAGUUGUCAAACAGAACGAAAAAAUGACUGAAGAAAUACGUUCAGAAGUAACGAAAAUUGUCGAUAGUAUAAUCACGCCAGUUGAAGAGCCGAAAGAUGUUCCAGAGAAAAAAGAAAAAGUUAAAGAUGUUCCUAAGAAGAUGGAAGAAGUAAAGAAAGAUAUAAUUGAACCAAUAGUGACGGUGGUUAAUGAAAAAAAGAAGAAUGGUGGUGCAGCCAUUGCUGAGAAAGUGAAUGAAACGCUUGUGAAGGGAGAAGGAGAAGUUGAGGUGUUGAGUUCCAACGUGUCCACUCCAGGAGUUGACAAGAUAAGAGUUCAGAAGAAGGAUGGCAACGGGUCUGAUAAGUCUGCUCAAAGUAAUGGCGGGUUCCCACAAAGCACAAGCACAACCCCAAAGCCUCCAGCGAGGACCAAGAAAGAAGCCAAAGAGACCCCACCACCAGAACAACGAGACACUUCUGAACCAGUGGACGCAGCAGAAGACAAACCAAAAGAACCAAACUUCUGUCAAAGGCUAAUGAAAAAAUGCAAGACUAAAUGCUGUGCUUGUUGCACUAAAGGAGAAGAAUCUGAAGAAGACGGAGAUAAAGAUAAAGAGAGACAGAAAGAAGAAAUGAAAGAAGAAAAGAAAGGCAUGAUGAGUAAACUGAAUUGUUGUAAGAAGCAGGUUGAUGAAGAAAAGGCUGAGCAAGAAGUUAGGGAUUUGGAAAGGGCUGCUGGUAAAGCCUCGAUAGAAUACGAAAACGAAACGAAACCAAAGCGCACGUUACGCGACGUGUUCUGUGGUUGUUGCGGGCGACGGCGACGUGUAGCAGACACUGGAUCCAUGCCGCGCAAUGUUGCGGAGUCCAUGUCGCCCGCGCCUGAGGAGACAGGCUGCUUUGCUGUAAUAACCGCUUGUGUACGUGGUUGCGUGGCAUGUGUCGGCGACACUCCGAGCAGUCCUCCAGUCGACGCACGAGCAUGUUCUCCAAGAACAAGAGCAUGUCGCCUACGUUACCGCCUGAGCCUACCGCGUCAGAUAUACUCUCGAAACCCGAACUACCCAAUCACAAUGCAAGGCAAUAACAAGCUUAGGGUGACCCCUGUACCUUCACCACGGCCUUCCAUACAAGUGUCGCCUCGUGGAACCCCUAAUCCGUCUCCCAUACCAUCACGGAAAGCUUCCAGAAUACUCAUUACUAAGGAUUUCAUGAAGAAAGAUGUGGAAAUUGAAGAAGACAUUGAGGACACUCGUACGAAGCUGGACACGUCCCUGGUGGAGCAUACAAGCGUGAUGCGCGGCGCCAUUCCUGUGCUGCCCAUAGUGCUUGCAUACUUCUGUCUCUUCUGCAACAUCGUUAUACCUGGACUCGGUUCGUUCGUGAUCAAUUUGCUGGUAGGUUGUGGCCAGCUGUUCACGGUGCUGUUCUGUCUCGUCGGCUGGGGCUGGUCCAUCUGGUGGGGAGUCAUCAUGGUCAAGACUUCACGUAAAUACCGCAAGCUAAAAAGGGAGGCGGAAGCUGCAGAGGCAGAAGCAGCGCCCCCUGUGACAACCAACAAUCACACGAGAGCGUAACAUAUGACUUAAAUUAUCUAAUUACUCAUUGAGUAAGUUACAAAUUUUUAAACAUAAUGUCUUUGACGAUAUGACUAAGAAAUGAUGUAAAAUCCUUUUUGACUAAUUCUUCGUAAAUUAGCAAACGCUGUGACCAAUAUUUUUCUUAGAAUAUUAAAAAAGACCACUUCAUUUCUGG